GUGCCCUCCUCACCUUCUGGGGCAGCCUGAGGUCCCGAGGUGAGGUCAGAGGGGGAGCAAACUAGGGGGCGGGGCCGGGGCGGGGCGGGGCAGUCCGUCCUCGGCUGGGCCGGGAGGUUAAAGGCUGGGGCUCUCAGCCCCUUUCCACCGCCCCGGCUGUCGCUCCCUCCGACGCUCAGCUCCUCCCGCUCCGCCGGCUGCCGCCACCCAGCACGAUGGCUUCGGUCGCCGCUUGGCUUCCCGCCGCCUCUCUGCUGCUCCUGCUGCUCCUGCUGCCCGGGGUGCCAGGGAAGAGCCUCCAAAACCUCGGAGCCGCCCAGCCGGUCUGCACCCAGGCCGUGUACAAUUGGUGCUCCUCCUGGGAAGCCGCCAACACCUGCGAGGUGACAAAACGGUGUUCUGCUCGGUGGAGAAAUACAAACUCCAGACCUGUCUCUGUAGAAGUCUACUAUGAAACGCUGUGCCCCGGCUGCAGGGAGUUUGUGGUAAUGGACCUCUUCCCGGUCUGGGUCUUGGUGGGUGAUUCCGUCCUCAAUGUCACCCUUGUGCCUUUUGGCAAUGCCAAGGAGAGCUAUGAGAAUGGAACCUGGCAGUUUGAUUGUCAACAUGGGGAGCUUGAGUGUAAACUCAACACGGUUCAGGCCUGUCUGUUGGACAUCUAUAAGAAUGACUUUUCUGCCGCCUUUCCUGUGAUCAACUGUAUGUUGUCAUCCUCAGAUAUUGAGAACUCACUGGAGCCAUGUCUGAAGGUCUAUUCCCCCAAAACUUCUGUGGAUGAAGUCAUGAAAUGUGCUAACGGCCCUCAAGGCAACAAGCUGAUGCAUCAAAAUGCCCAAAAGACUUUAAACCUUUCCCCUCCUCACAAAUACACACCUUGGGUUCUGCUUGAAAAGAAGCUAUUAGAAGAUCUGGACCAACUCUUAAAAUAUGUGUGUCAGACAUACCAGGGACCCUUACCUGCAGUGUGUGAAAGAAAUUCCUUUGUCUUCACUGAGUGAGGCUGGUUGAAAUGAACUUGCAGUGUCUCAGGUAUAACAGUGCAGGAGGGCUGGCACAUUUCCAGUCAUACACAUCAGCUGGGCCCAGAUAGGCAGCUGAUUGGGCCAAGAGGUAGCAUGGCCCCAGUAGGUGCCCAGAGUUUGAUGCAUCUGGGUACCCAGAUUUUUUUGUAUCCUCCUCACAGGUUCAGGAAAUCUCAUCCUGUCCAGGGUUUGGUUGAAAUAAAAGCCUAUUUUGAUAAA